AUGACAGAAGACAACACUCUCUCCCUGACCCUGAGUCUUCAGCUGUUGCAUGGGUCCCACCUUAAGGCGCUGAUUGAGGACACCACAGACACACAGACCUGGACCUACGCUAUCCUCUGGCGCUCCUCCUCUAACAGCUCCCUCUUGAAUUUCCACGAUGGCCACUACAACCCCAAAGCGUCGUCGUUUAAGCAGCUUCGCAUUUUCGGGUCGUCUGUCACGGUCACGGUCAGCGACGAGGAGUGGUUCUUUAAGAUAUCGAUGAGUCAAUCCUUCACCGACACAGAGGACUUGCCCGGACACGCUUUCUUCAAUUCGAGUCCCGUUUGGGUAACAGGCACAGAUCAGUUAUUGGGUUCCACGUGGCAGAGGACCAAGAGGGCCCACCACUUUGGGAUUCGAACCUUCGUUGCCAUACCCUCCGAGAAUGGGGUUCUGGAGCUGGGCUCCACCGAGCUCAUAUUCUUCAACACUGCACGGCUGAACACGUUGUUCGGUUUCCUCGUUCGGACUCGGUUACUUGGCCACAUUCCCCUACAUCGUCUUCGGGAACAAAUCCGGUAA